AUGAUUAACAAUCCUUCACCUACGCUUAAUGUAGGGAAAUAUCCUACACUUAGCAUAGGGCAACACUUCCCAAAUCCAAACUUAGGCACAAAAGAAUAUCAAAAAAGUCAGCGAAAUUGUGUGGGUCCAAGAAAUGUAUGUGGUUUGGGAUAUCUCGAUGUUGAAACGUUGAUUGAUUCGAAUAAGAAGGGUUUAGGAUUUGCGAAUUUGGGGAUUCCGGAUAUGAUUAAGCAAAUACUUAACAAGCUUCCGAGAAAACCGUCUUCAAAAUCCUCUCAAUCCGAUGGGGGGAAGAACGAAUCGGCUUUUCCUUCGAUGAAUUCGAGUGUUUCAGGGGCUAACAGUAAUUCUAAGUCCAAUUCUUCAUCUGGUAAAGGUUCGAAUUCAAGUUCUUCAAGGUCUAUGAAUGGAACUCAUACUCCAAACAUGAAAUCAAACCAGGUGAAGAAACCUAAUCAAGCUGCUUACGAAUCAUUACCAAGUUUUCGCGACGUACCCACUUCAGAAAAACACAAUCUGUUCAUAAAAAAGUUGAACAUGUGUUGUGUAGUGUUUGAUUUCACCGACCCAUCAAAGAAUCUGAAAGAGAAGGACAUCAAACGACAGACUUUACUCGAACUUGUUGACUACGUAUCUUCAGUUCCUUCAAAGUUCAAUGAACCCACAAUGCAAGAAAUCACAAAAAUGAUAUCCACAAAUCUCUUCCGCUCACUACCCACAAAUCACGAUUCCAAACUCCCAGAUAUAUACGAUCCAGAAGACGAUGAACCAAACAUGGAACCUUCAUGGCCUCAUCUCCAAAUCGUAUAUGAAUUCCUCCUCAGAUUCAUCGCUUCAACAGAAACAGACGCCAAAAUCGCCAAACGAUACAUCGAUCAUUCAUUCGUUUUAAAACUACUCGAUCUUUUCGAUUCAGAAGAUCAAAGAGAAAGAGAGUAUUUGAAGACAAUCCUACACCGGAUCUAUGGAAAGUUCAUGGUUCAUCGCCCGUUUAUCAGAAAAGCAAUAAACAAUAUCUUUUUUCAAUUUAUAUUUGAAACCGAAAAGCAUAACGGAAUCGCAGAAAUGCUCGAGAUAUUGGGGAGUAUAAUCAACGGGUUUGCUUUACCUUUGAAAGAAGAACACAAGCUUUUUCUAAUGAGGGCUUUGAUCCCACUUCAUAAACCUAAAUGUUUAUCGAUGUAUCAUCAGCAAUUAUCGUAUUGUGUUACACAAUUUGUGGAAAAAGAUUUUAAAUUGGCAGAUAUUGUGAUUAGAGGACUUGUGAAAUAUUGGCCUGUGACUAAUAGCUCAAAAGAGGUUAUGUUUUUAAGUGAAUUGGAGGAAGUUUUGGAGUCUACACAAGCUGCAGAGUUUCAAAAAUGUAUGGUGCCUUUGUUUAGGCAAAUUGGGAGGUGUCUUAAUAGUUCACAUUUCCAGGUGGCUGAAAGGGCGUUGUUUUUAUGGAACAAUGAUCACAUAAGAAAUCUGAUAACUCAAAACCGAAAAGUCAUCCUGCCAAUAAUCUUCCCUGCUUUGGAGAAAAACACAAGGCCAAGGGGUCACUGGAAUCAAGCUGUUCAGAGCUUAACUCUGAAUGUAAGGAAAAUCUUUUCAGACGUUGAUCAAACACUGUUUGAUGAAUGUCUGAAUAGAUAUCAAGAAGAUGAAGUCAAACAGAAGGAAAACAAUCACAAACGUGAGUCAACAUGGAUGCGAAUGGAAACUGUUGCAGCCUCAAAUGGAAAUGAAUCGAGGUACUUCAGGUAUGAGAUGAUUAGGGUUGCUCCUCCUCGGCGUCUUUCACUCCCAAUACCUCUGGAUACCCUAAUCUCAGCCCCCAUUGAAGUUCUUAGUCAUUUUGGUGUUAUUCAAGAGAUUUAG